AUGGAUGAGUGGAAGGUCGAUCCAGGUCCUAAUCCGACCGCAGCGGCCUACCGACUCCUGAACGAGCGGCAGGGCAACAGAAAGGGACGAGAUUGGGGAUCACGAUGCAUGAAGAUUUGGCAGUAUUUCGACAACCCCGCAUUCCGCAUCCAACUCUUCAUCGAGACGUUAAACGAAGGUAUUCAGAGAGAGUUCGCCCGCGCACCGCAAGCUCCGCUCAUCUCUGGCCGAUGCUAUCGAACAAGCUGCUCGCUACGAAAACGUCCUAUCUCGAGAGAAGAGCCGACGAAGCCCCAGAGAGGCGGCCAUCAAUCGGAUGUCGGAGGGCCUACACCAGCUACGGGCCACCAACCUACCUAUAAGCGGAAAAGAGAAUCUUCACCAGGGCUGGGCCCUAGUUUCAUCUUCUCCGUGUUCUGCCUCAAGGACGGAACCUACCACGGCGGUUACUACAACGACAAGAAGUAG